AGGAUAAUAUUCUCCUGCAUAUUCAGCAUAUGAACAGCAUAUUCUCCAACAUGCUGUUCAGCAACACUGAAUUUACUGGAAACACAACCAAUGCUGCGUGGCAUCUUGGUCUAUUUCAGCUGAAGUCAUUUUGAAGAGUACAAGUCACUGAAGGAAUGGCCUUAUGUCUGAAAACCUUGACCAUCUUUGCCCUUGUAGUGAUUGUGCUUAUUUUGGAAACAAGGAACCAUAACUUUCAGUUUCACUUUCCUGCUCUGGAUUAUCUGGUGCAGGAAGAAGAACAAAUUCUUCCUCACAUACGGCAGGAAAGAAGUGUACUUUCAGACCCCAGGAUUUACUCUGCAAACAUUUUAUUAAAUGCAUCGAACGUGGAAACCUAUGAGCAGCUGCUGUCAACCCUGAACACCACCAGUUAUCCUCUCCAGCUUGAUAACACCACAGAGAUCCAGGAUAUUACUGUUACAACAGUUUGUGUCUCCACUGAAACUGGUUUCCAGUGUGAGUGUGAAGAGCAGUUUGCUUGGCCGUACAGCACCUGCAUCGCAUAUGGAGCUUGUGAUUCCAUAUCCAGYGGCGUCUGCAAAUGCAUCUCAGCGAUUCCAGCUGAUGGCUCUUCCUGUCAGCUGAUCUCAGAGCUGCUGGUUCAAACUGAAUAUGUGAUCGAUCUGGAGCUGAAUUUAACGGACAUCGCAACAGUGGACUUCCUUAGACGUCUCCUGAGUAAUAGCAGCGAUUUUCUAACCCAGAGUCCAACAGUGAAUGUCACACAGCUUGACCUCUCUACAGUUUGUUCUCCAAUCAGUGGUGAUUACCAGUGCAGAUGUGAGGAUCAGUAUCAGCUGCUGGUUCAAACUGAAUAUGUGAUCGAUCUGGAGCUGAAUUUAACGGACAUCGCAAUAGUGGACUUCCUUAGACGCCUCCUGAGUAAUAGCAGCGAUUUUCUAACCCAGAGUCCAACAGUGAAUGUCACACAACUUGACCUCUCUACAG